AGACAGGAAGAAAAAGAAAUGGCCAUCUCUGCGGACGUAGAAUAUCAUGAUGGCAGCUUGGGGGAGCCAUUUGUUGUGCAAAAGAAGGAGACCCAACAUAAACAUGAACAUAAUGAGAAGAGUGGUGCUGGCGUUGGUGGGUUAGGAAUGGUUCUUCUGAGCACUGCCAUUGCAGUUUCUGGGUCUUUUACUUUCGGAUGUUGUGUUGGAUACUCUGCACCAACCCAACUAGGUAUUAUGAAUGACCUUAGCUUGUCCUAUUCUGAGUAUUCAGUAUUUGGGUCCAUCUUGAAUAUUGGUGCUAUGAUUGGUGCAAUCACAAGUGGAAGAAUUGCUGAUCUCAUUGGCCGGAAAGGGGCUAUGAGGAUGUCUUCUAUUAUCUGCAUAGUAGGAUGGAUUUCAAUCCUUUUGUCACAAGGAUAUUUGUUACUGGAUUUUGGAAGACUUUUAACAGGAUAUAGCAUUGGCAUCCUUUCUUAUGUGGUACCUGUGUUUAUAGCUGAGAUUACUCCAAAGGAUCUUAGAGGAGCAUUAGCAUCUGCAAAUCAGUUCUGUAUUGUUUUUGGGGUAAUGGCAAUCUAUUUGAUAGGUGCAUUUGUAAAAUGGAGGAUACUUGCGCUAACAGGAAAUGUCCCAUGCCUGGUUAUGCUUGUUGGUCUUUGCUUCAUUCCUGAGUCCCCAAGAUGGCUGGCAAUGAUGGGUCGCAAGUACGAGUUUGAAGAGUCUCUACAAAAACUUAGGGGAGCUAAGGCUGACAUUUCUCCGGAGAAGACCGACAUUCAAGCUUCUUUAGGCCAGCUUGAACAACUCCCAAAAGCUACCUUACUCGACUUGUUUCGCAGAAGAAACAUUCGUUUUGUCACUGUUGGAGUUGGAUUGAUGUUUUUUCAGCAAUUUUGUGGCAUUAAUGGCAUUAUAUUCUAUGCUGAUCGAAUUUUUAUAUCGGCAGGUGUUCCCCCAAGUGCUGGAAGUAUAUCAUACUCAGGUCUACAGGUUAUACUCACUGCUUUUCUUACAACUUUAAUUGAUAGAACCGGAAGACGACCUCUCCUAAUGAUUUCGGCAUGUGGGUUGCUUCUGGGCAAUCUACUAAUUGGAACUUCAUUCUUUUGUAAGGCACACCAUUUGGCUAUCGACUUGGUUCCAAUCCUUGCAAUCACUGGUGUCAUGCUUUACAUAGCUUCCUUUUCAAUAGGAAUGGGAGGAAUUCCUUGGGUUCUAAUGUCUGAGCUCUUCCCAUUGCAUCUAAAGGGAAUUGCAGGAAGUUUGGUGACAUUGGUGAACUGGUUCGCUUCUUGGUUUAUAUCCCUCACUUUCAAUUUGCUUAUGGAAUGGAAUUCUUAUGGUACAUUUUUCUUGUAUGCUUGUAUUUGUAUCUACUCUAUCUUUUUCAUUGCCAAACUAGUUCCAGAAACGAAAGGCCGGACCCUGGAAGAGAUUCAAGCUUCUGCAAAUUAGUUCAACAAAAAGAUUCUUGGAUUUAGGACAACAAGAUUAGGAAAGAGGAGAUUUAUUUUUAUAGUGUAUUUCAGACAUAAUUAAGCUAUAUAAAAUGUCAAAAAUUAGUUUUUUUGUUGCAC